GUGGCGGGCGUCGCGGAGCGCCAGGUGCGGCUUCCGCGUCGACAUGGCAGCCGACUGCCGCGUGGGAGCCUGGCUGCCGCCGCGCCGCCGCCUUCCUGCCGGGGGCGCGCUGCUGCGCGUCGGCCUCUGCCUCCUGUGCUGGGCCGCGGCGGCGGUGGGCGCCGUCCCCGAGCCCGGGCUCUGGGCCGCCACAGUCAGCGACAAAUCAGGACCUUUGGUAUUUAGGAAAACUAUGUUUAACUCUACUGAGAUCAAGUUUUCUGUUAAGUCAUUCAAUUGUUCCAGGCCUGUAAAGUUUACCAUACAGUGGUAUUUGGAGUAUUAUACCUGUGACAAUGCCUAUGCUGAGCUGGAAGAGCUGUCACAAAAUCAUGACAGUGUUAAUAAAGACUUUUGUCAUUAUUUCGAGAACAUCGAAUGUCGGACAACAAAAAAUGAAAACUUAGAUUGCAGCAGUGAUUUACAGGUGUUUCCCUCAUUGAAUAAUAAAGAACUAAUAACAAAUAUCAGAAAUGUUUCAAACCAGGAAGGAUCAGAGGAUGUGAUAGCCAGAACACAGAGAGAUGGGUUUCAUAUCUUUAUUGUUUCUAUUAAAACGGAAAAAACAGAUGCAAAGUGGAAUUUAAAUGUUUCUCUUUCUAUGAUGGGGCCUCAUGGCUAUAUCUCUGCUUCAGAUUGGCCUCUGAUGAUUUUUUACAUGGUGAUGUGUAUCGUUUAUAUUUUAUAUGGCCUACUCUGGCUGAUCUGGUCUGCCUGUUACUGGAAAGAUAUAUUAAGAAUCCAGUUCUGGAUUGCAGCCGUUAUUUUCCUGGGAAUGCUUGAAAAGGCAGUUUUUUAUUCUGAAUAUCAAAACAUCAACAGCACUGGGCUAUCAACCCAAGGUUUAUUGGUAUUUGCGGAGUUGGUAUCUGCGAUUAAGAGGACGUUGGCACGCCUCCUUGUGAUCAUUGUGAGCUUGGGUUAUGGCAUUGUGAAGCCUCGUCUAGGAACAGUCAUGCACCGGGUGAUUGGACUAGGGCUUCUUUACUUCAUCUUUGCAGCUGUCGAAGGCGUGAUGAGAGUCAUCGGGGGUUCUUACCAUUUAUCUGUUCUUUUGGGUGACAUUAUUUUAGCAGUUAUUGACUCCAUUUUUGUAUGGUUCAUUUUUAUAAGUUUGGCACAAACUAUGAAGACUCUAAGGCUAAGAAAGAACACAGUGAAAUUUUCUUUAUACAGGCACUUUACAAAUACGCUCAUCUUUGCCGUACUGGCUUCUGUAGUGUUUAUGGUGUGGACAACUAAGACAUUUAGAAUUGCAAAAUGUCGAUCAGAUUGGAUGGAACGCUGGGUUGAUGAUGCAUUUUGGAGCUUCCUUUUUUCGCUUAUUCUUAUAGUAAUAAUGUUUUUGUGGAGACCAUCAGCAAAUAAUCAAAGAUAUGCCUUCAUGCCCUUAAUAGAUGAUUCGGAUGAUGAAAUUGAAGAAUUCAUGGUAACAUCUGAAAAUUUAACUGAAGGAGUAAAAUUAAGAGUCUCAAAAACAGUUUCCAAUGGAACAGCUAAACCGUCUACAUCUGAAAAUUUUGAUGAAGAUUUGAAGUGGGUGGAAGAAAAUAUUCCCUCUUCAUUCACAGAUGUAGCUCUUCCAGUGUUAGUGGAUUCAGAUGAGGAAAUCAUGACCAGAUCUGAAAUGGCAGAAAAAAUGUUCUCUUCAGAAAAGAUAAUGUGAUUGGAACCCAUAUAAAUGAAACCUGGUUAAUGGUGAAGGAGUGUCCUUCCUCAAGACUAAAAGAGAGCUUUGUUUUGAUGUAGGGCAACAAGUUUUUGUUCCAUUAUCUUGGAAAUCUACAUAUUAAAAUUAAGAAUUCAGGUGGUAGGAGAGUUCUGCAGCUCUUUUUAAACUGACUCUUAAAUAUCAGUUUAAUGUCCAUUAAGUUGCCUGGACUUGGAAAUGCUCUGAGAAAGUAUUAUGAUCAAGAUACACGCCCAAAUGCCAUUAGCUGGUGGGGGGCAGGUGUGUGGAUUUGGGUUCUCUUUUUUCUGGAAAAUAUGACAAUUCCAGAUUUAAAAAAUUAUAUUACGUAAAACACUCCUACUGUUCGUCCACUGACCUUUGAGAUAGAUGAUAUGAUUCUUCUGAAGUGUGGUAAAGCAGUGUCUCCAUCUCUUGGGUUUAUAGUUGCCUGAUGCAGCAAUAAUUUUCUUUGACUUAUGCUGAAGUGAUCUGAUAAUAAGUAAAACUUGGUUAACAGUGGAACAUAAGCAUGUUUAUAUGGUUAGUUUAGUUUUGCUGUGUGUGUGUCUGUGUAUGAGUGCACGUGUCUGCACAAAGCCCGUGUGUGUGGGAUUGUAUGUGAGUGCAUGCGUCUGCACAAAGCCCAUGUGUGUGUGAUUGUGUGUGUGUGGGAUGGUGAGUGAGUGCAUGAGUCUGCACAAAGCCCUUGUUUGUAAAUACCACCAUGCACAUCAGAUCAUGGAGUUGGGUGUUCUCUGUCUGAGUUCAGGGGAACACAGGACACAGAGAGAGAGGUCUUGAGGGUCACUUGCAAAGAUUUGCUCUGCCACUGCCCCCUCACCCAGGCUGUGUGUGCAUGUGCUGCUGCUGAAUCUGCCUGGGCGGGUGGGGGGCACCUGGCCACAUGGCUCCCCAGAGCUCUUCCUCCCCAGCAAGCUGGAGACUCAUUAUUAGUGAGCCUUGAGGAAACUAGAACCUUAUCCUUUAUGUAAUCUUGGCAUAUUUGGUUUCAUAAUAAAACAUAUAUUUAACUGCACAGGACAUCACUAUUAAGCUUGUAAUUAAUUUCUUAACCUUCAACCAUGUUUUGUACAUAAUUUUCUUACAUUAUAAAUGUAAUGUGUGAUUUGAAAUUUUUUUUGAUCUUUUUUUAAUGCAGAAUAUUCUAAACUUGAAAGGCAGUUGAAUGUAGUAUGAUGGAAAUGUGAAUCUUUUGCUGCUUUCAUAACCAAAGAUACAAGGCUAGUGGACAUUUAGAAUAGGAGUUAAAGUUAGAAUCUUGUCUGUCUUUAUUUGAAGGAGUUCUAAUCUUGCAAUUGAGAAUGACUUCAGAGAAUUUUGAUUGAGAAUCAUUAAAGUCUUAACCAGUACAAACACUUUAAAUAUAACCUUCAAUUCUUUUUCAUUGUGAAGCCACAAAACAAAACUUUUUCUUUCAGAAGGCUACCUUCUGAAUUUAUUUCUCAUUUACUCAUAUCAUACAGGCUAGUAAAAAAGAUUUAUUUCUAGUAGUGAUGUCACUUGAAAGAUAUUCUCAAAUUUAUUUUCAAUACUGAACAUUGAACAGUGUGGCCAACAUUACUGAAAAGCCAUGGUUUUCAAGAUGCCGUGGCUUGAGAUAUGCUUCCCAGGAAGUGAAUUUCUAAGUUAGUGGUAUGGGUUCCAUUCCUUAUUCAGUUUCUGCCACAGUAAUGGGCUCCCACCCACUACGGUUCCCAGCAUUUAUGUCCAUUCUUGUUCUGGUGUAUUCUACCCUUGGCCUGGUUGUUUCAGAGCUGGAGGUGACCACUGCCUUCUCAAUCCUAGCAUUUUUCUCUAAUACCACUCCCCAGAUUUUGAGGCAGAUUGACCCCCAGCUCAUCACAUGGCUCCAGUUGAAUUUUGAAGUGCAGAGUCUGGGGCUUCCAGCCAGGAGGAGCUGCAGAUCUAGUGGAGUGGGAGUGGGGAGUCGAUGGUAGGUGUGAUGAUAAGGGCAACGGCCUCUGACAUAACCUCAGUAGUGUUUAUAGAAACACUUCUUUCUGUAGCUGGAAGGAUAAAUGAUACUACCCAUGUAGCAUCGGCUACAGGCUGAAAUACAGACUUUUCUCUCCAUCCAGAAAAAGCAAGAUCCCUCCUGAUAGCCUUGUCAGAAAUGUUUUUCAAAGGGCAUGUACCAUAUCUGUCACUUUCAGUGAUAAUUGUGUCAUCUGUUGAUGUCUCGUGACCUGAAUUGAAUAUUCCUGUGGAGGGCCUUCUUAGCUCCCCCGUAUAAACAGGAGGGGGUGCCCUAGGGCCAUAGCUGUAGUUCAUAUGAAGGACACUGGGGAGAAGUUACACCCAGGACCACUGUACAGCUCAUCAUCCCUGCUUCUGCAUGAUGUUUCCAGAAACUGGUCUUCAAGCCCUUUGAGGCUAUCAGAUUGAUUUAUUCUUAGGAUGCCGUCAAGAUGGGUCUCCUCAUUAAUGAAGGGAUCUGAAGAUAAGAGUCCAGUUUUAUGUGUUUCUAGGCAAAAUGCUUAAGUGUUCUUAUUAUGCAAUUCAUGUUAGAUUUAUAUGAUGUGUGAAAUUUGCUUAAAAGAGAAUUUUCAUGAUUUGAGUUAGAUUAGUAUUUAAGUAUUUUUUAUAAGAUGGUUGAUUUAGUUUAUUUCAAAAAUAAGGAAAAAUAGAUGAAUAUGGAAUUUUUUAACCUUGAGAGAUGAUGUUCCCAAACUUUUCCUGUAAAGAAAAUAAUUUUUAAAAAUCUUUCAUAUCUUGUAGAGAAUACUGACUUUCCCCUCUCAUACAGUACAUGAUGUUUGCACUACUAUAACGUCAAGACUGAAAGGAUAAAAAUGUACACCUGAGGUUGAUUUUUAUAUCCUUUUUUUAAAAAGGGAUUUGAGCCUGUUACACUAGGCUAUACAGGACUAGUUUGAGGUUGAGAGAUGUUACGCUAGAUGUGUAAGUCACUAGUUUUGGUACUUGUUUCUUUGUAUGAUCAACAGCAUGCAAUAAGCAAUACAAAACACCAAGCCUUAUACUUGUAGGAAAGACUAACGUUUUGCUCAAAGUUCUAAACAUUAUAUUGGAUGUAUAUGUGACAAAACUAGAUUUUUAAGGAAAUGUACAUUAUAAUACAGAAGCUCAAUAGAAUAUUAAGAAAAUUCUUUAAAACUAGGAAAACAUUCAUUUAUUUGGGGAGAAAGUUUAGGUGUUUAAGAAGUUAUAUUUUUCUAUUUAAAAAGAUUAAAUUAUUGUAUAAUUUGGAAGAAAUUUCUUUGAAUGUAGGAUAAAACUAUUUCAGAGAUUUUUGUUUGAGAAAAUUGAUGUAUUUUUGUGCUUUAAUAUUUGUUCUGACUUUUAAUAAAAUGGUUUCUGAAUUUUGGA